UUCUGGGAUCUGAGAACAGCCAUCCUCCAUCUUGCUUUUUAACCAUACAAGAUAAAUGGUGCCAUGCAGUUAAGCAAUCACGUUCUUAUUAAACAAUUUAUUUCCAAAUAAGAGUUUCGUCUUCAAGAUUAUUGUCAUGCAGUCGGGACUGAUUCCUUAAGUGUGUAAUUUGGGGCUUGUUUGAAAGACGACCAGGAGCUUGUACUCCUGUCCGAUGCUUUAGAGGUGUUCAGUGUUCUGGUUACUGCUACUGAACUCUAACGGCGUUUGAAAUGGGUCGUUCGCGGAGCCGCAGCUCUUCCCGCUCCAAGCACUCCAAAAACAGUAAGCACAGUAAAAAGCGAAGCCGCUCUCGAUCAAGGUCCCGGGAUAAAGAGAGGAAGAGGCGCUCGAAGUCCCGAGAGUCCAAAAGGAGUCGGAAGAGAGAGUCGCGCUCUCGUUCCAAAUCAAACACGGCCGCGGCUCGCCGGGAAAGGGAGAGAGCCGCCACGCCGCCGGAGAGAAUCGAUAUUUUCGGCAGGGCGAUAAGUAAGAGGAGUGCUGUAGACGAAAAGCAGAAGAAAGAGGAAGAAGAGAAGAGAGUCGAAAUGGAAAGACAGAGGAGAAUUCGACAGCAGGAGAUCGAGGAGCGGCUGAUUGAGGAGGAGACGGCGCGGCGCGUAGAGGAACUUGUGGCCAAACGCGUGGAGGAGGAACUAGAAAAGCGAAAGGAUGAGAUUGAAAGAGAAGUGCUGCGACGGGUGGAGGAGGCUAAACGCAUCAUGGAGAAGCAGUUGCUGGAGGAGCUGGAGAAACAGAGACAUGCGGAGCUGGCCGCUCAGAAAGCUCGGGAGGAGGAAGAGAAGUCAAAGCGUGAAGAACUGGAGAAAAUUCUGGUGGAGAACAAUCGCAAGAUAGCAGAUGCUCAAGCUAAACUGGCAGAGGAACAACUACGAAUAGUUGAAGAGCAGAGAAAAAUACACGAGGAGCGUAUGAAGUUGGAACAAGAGCGACAGAAACAGCAGAAAGAAGAACAGAAGAUCAUUUUGGGGAAAGGGAAGUCGAGGCCUAAACUGUCUUUCUCUUUCAAGGCCACUGAGUGAUGAAAACAAUGUGGCCAGGAUUCCUCCAGACUUUCUCCAGACCACCUCUCCGUGUGAGGCGUUUGUGCUGCAGCACAAGUUCUUCUUCAUAGGUCUUGUGUGGUGUGUUUCAAAUUCUCAGAACAACGGGAACAAUCAGUUUGUCAUAUUUCCUUACGGUUUCCCUCCCCCGUUUUACCUGUCUGUUUUGUAUUACUGACUCCUUGUAUAGAUAACCUCCACUUGUCCUCCAUGUAGUAUCUGCAAACACAUUUGGUGCAUUGCCACGGCUAGGGUAAAAAAGGACCGGCCUGACCUGCUCUCUUAUCCCAAAUGCACGUUAUGGUUUCCGGUGUCACUAAUUCAAGACCUCAACAGAUUUUCCUGGCUGAUUCGAUCGAAGUAUUUUUAUUUUUUUUAAUAGUUUAUUCAUAGUAUAAAGUAAUUAGAAUGAAAGAUUGGUUGGGAAAUAGCUUGAACUGGAAGUCCAUCCCUCUAUUUUGAAUGGCACAGACCACUAUGAUUUAAAUGGUAACCAGUCCAACCAAGAAGCAUCAUAAAACAAGAGUAACCUCCUUUUAUCAUUUUUACUUGCACAUUCAUAAUUGUACAUUCAAGAGGUAAGGUGAUGCUGUAAUAAAGGGUACCUGGUCGUUGCAUGUCAUUGAGCUUCUUAUAUGUUCGUGAUGAGAUGCUUUUAGAGGUGAUUGAGUGAAAGGUUGCUGAUUGGCCAUAAUUUGUGUUUGUGGUCUGGUUAAAUAUUUGACCCAGUUAUCAAGGAUAUGUCAAGAAUCUCCAAUAAAUCCAUUAAUGUGUCGUGUUUCUGAUA